GCGCUGGCCCCGGCCGUCCGGCUGCUGCUGGCCGGGCUGCUGUGCGGUGGCGGGGUCUGGGCCGCGCGAGUUAAUAAGCACAAGCCAUGGCUCGAGCCCACCUACCACGGGAUAGUCACCGAGAACGACAACACGGUGCUGCUGGACCCUCCCCUCAUCGCCCUGGAUAAAGAUUCACCGCUGCGUUUUGCAGAGAGUUUUGAGGUGACAGUCACCAAAGAAGGUGAGAUUUGUGGCUUUAAAAUUCACGGGCAGAAUGUCCCCUUUGAUGCCGUGGUGGUGGAUAAGUCCACGGGGGAGGGACUAAUCCGCUCUAAGGAGAAAUUGGACUGUGAGCUGCAAAAAGACUACACGUUCACCAUCCAGGCCUACGACUGCGGAAAGGGACCUGACGGCACUGGCGUGAAGAAAUCUCACAAGGCAACCGUCCACAUCCAGGUGAACGACGUGAACGAGUACGCGCCUGUGUUCAAGGAGAAGUCCUACAAGGCGGCCGUGGUGGAGGGGAAGCAGCAGAGCAAUGUCCUCAGGGUGGAGGCUGUGGAUGCAGACUGCUCCCCGCAGUUCAGCCAGAUCUGCAGCUAUGAGAUCCUCACCCCAGAUGUGCCGUUCACCGUGGACAAAGACGGCUACAUUAAAAACACAGAGAAGCUGAACUAUGGCAAAGAGCACCAGUAUAAACUCACGGUCACGGCCUACGACUGUGGGAAGAAGAGAGCCACGGAAGACGUUCUGGUGAAGAUCAGCGUUAAGCCCACCUGCAGCCCCGGGUGGCAGGGCUGGAGCAACAGGAUUGAAUACGAGCCCGGCACGGGGGCAUUGGCUGUCUUCCCAAGCAUCCACUUGGAGACCUGUGACGAGCCUGUCGCCUCAGUGCAGGUCACAGUGGAGCUGGAGACCAGCCACAUCGGGAAAGGCUGUGACCGAGACACCUACUCUGAGAAGUCCCUUCACCGGCUCUGUGGGGCUGCAGCUGGCACCUCAGAGCUGCUCCCUUCCCCGAGCAGCUCCUUGAACUGGACUGCUGGCCUUCCCACCGACAACGGCCAUGACAGUGACCAGGUCUUUGAGUUCAAUGGCACUCAGGCAGUGAGAAUCCCGGAUGGCGUUGUGUCCCUUGACCCCAAAGAGCCCUUUACGAUUUCUGUGUGGAUGCGGCAUGGACCUUUCGGCCGGAAGAAGGAGACAAUUCUCUGCAGUUCAGACAAAACAGACAUGAACCGACACCAUUACUCGCUGUAUGUCCACGGGUGCAGACUGAUUUUCCUCCUCCGUCAGGACCCAUCGGAGGAGAAGAAAUACAGGCCUGCAGAGUUCCACUGGAAGUUGAACCAGGUCUGUGAUGAGGACUGGCACCACUUUGUCCUUAACGUGGAAUUCCCAAGCGUGACUCUCUAUGUGGACGGUGUGUCUCACGAGCCUUUCUCUGUCACAGAGGACUACCCACUUCAUCCAACCGGGAUAGAGACUCAGCUCGUGGUCGGAGCUUGCUGGCAAGAGUAUGCAGGAGUCGGGAGCGGCAAUGAGACUGAGCCUGUGGCUGUGGCCUCCGCAGGUGGCGACCUGCACAUGACACAGUUUUUCCGAGGUAACCUGGCCGGCCUCACAAUCCGUUCUGGGAAGCUGGCAGAUAAGAAAGUGAUUGACUGUCUGUAUACCUGCAAGGAAGGGCUGGACUUGCAGGUCCCCGAGGAUGGCAGCAGAGGGGUGCAGAUCCACACGAGCUCCAGUCAGGCUGUGUUGACCUUGGAGGGAGACGACGUUGGCGAGCUGGAUAAAGCCUUGCAGCACGUUUCCUAUCUGAACUCAAGGCAGUUCCCCACGCCCGGCAUCCGCAGACUCAGAAUCACCAGCACGGUCAAGUGUUUUAAUGAGGCGGCUUGCAUCGAGGUGCCCCCAGUUGAAGGCUACGUGAUGGUUUUGCAGCCAGAGGAGCCCAAGAUCAGCCUGAGUGGGGUCCACCACUUUGCCCGGGCAGCUUCUGAGUUUGAGAGCCCAGAGGGCAUUUCGCUCUUCCCCGAGCUCCGAAUCAUCAGCACCAUCACCAGAGAAGUGGAGCCUGAGGGGGACGGGGCCGAGGACCCCACAGUUCAAGAGUCCCUGGUGUCAGAGGAAAUUGUGCAUGACCUGGACACCUGCGAGGUCACAGUGGAAGGGGAGGAGCUGAACCCAGAGCAGGAAAGUCUGGAGGUGGAUGCAGCCCGCCUCCAGCAGAAGGGCAUCGAAGUGAGCCACUCGGACCUGGGCGUGGUCUUUACAGGUGUGGACACCAUGGCAAGCUAUGAGGAGGUCUUACACCUCCUGCGCUAUCGGAAUUGGCACACCAGGUCCCUGCUUGACCGGAAGUUCAAGCUCAUUUGCUCAGAACUAAAUGGUCGCUACCUCAGCAACGAAUUCAAGGUGGAGGUGAAUGUGAUCCACACAGCUAACCCUGUGGAACACGCCAAUCACAUGGCUGCCCAGCCACAGUUUGUCCACCCUGAACAUCGUUCCUUUGUUGACCUGUCUGGUCACAACCUGGCCAAUCCUCACCCAUUUGCAGUUGUCCCCAGCACGGCGACCGUUGUGAUUGUGGUGUGUGUCAGCUUCCUGGUUUUCAUGAUUAUCCUGGGGGUGUUUCGGAUCCGAGCUGCCCAUCAGCGAACCAUGCGGGACCAGGACACCGGGAAGGAGAACGAGAUGGACUGGGACGACUCGGCCUUGACCAUCACCGUGAACCCCAUGGAGACGUAUGAGGACCAGCACAGUAGCGAGGAGGAGGAGGAAGAGGAGGAAGAAGAGGAGAGCGAAGAUGGGGAGGAGGAGGAGGAGAUCACCAGUGCGGAGUCAGAGAGCAGUGAGGAGGAGGAGGGCGGCCCCGGGGAUGGCCAGAACGCCACACGGCAGCAGCAGCUGGAAUGGGAUGACUCCACGCUCAGCUACUGAACGCCCGCCUCGACACCUGCUCUCCAGAACUCUCUAGCCAUCUCCCAGCCCCACGGGUCCACGAUGUACAAAAUCAUUUCGGCCAGCAGGUCUGCAGACCCCUCCCCCAUCGCUGAAAUCCGCCUGUGCGCAGUGAGUGGGGCCCUCGGCUCCGCCCUCCGCCCUCCCUGCCCAUCACACUUGCAGUUUUGCUAGGAGCUGGCACUUCCUCCCUGGCCACGUCUGGGUGCAGUGGCCCCACAGCUCCUCCGUCAGUCCGGGAGAGGGCCUCGGCACCUCGCACCUCCAGAGACGCUGCAGUGAUUGGACUUGCUGACAAAGGGUAAAAACACUGCUCCAGCCCAGUCCUCAUUUUUCUUUAUUUUUAAAAGUUUUUAUUUUUUUUCAACUAGUGCAUGUAUAAAGUGGGAGAAUGGGGGGUUAAUAUGUAGAUGACCAACUGGCUUUUUAAUAUUUUGUAAAUAAACCGGGAUUCUUUGUGUUCUCCUGUGCUAGUAUAGCCCAGCACAGGCGUGUAAAGUGAAGUCAGACACAGGCCCAGGAGGAACUCUCCUCCCUCUUCCACCUUCCUCACAAGAGACCAGGUUAGAGAGGUCCAGGUCAGUAGGCCCUUGCUGGGGUCUCUACAGUCACGUGGCAGAGGCCACAGGCUUCCUUCCAAUGCUGCUUGGAGGACCAGACCCGAGCGCCCCAACCACAUUUAGAGGCUGCAACAGCCAGGUAGUUGCCAAGGCCCCUGGCCUCUUGUGCACUCCGGUGACCGGCAGCCACCUCACUUGCAGCCUCGUGGUUUCUCUUUACUAAAUAUGUCUCCCUGUUGGUGAAAAUGUGUAGCUCAUGAGAACUGACAGCUAAUUCUGCAAGACACUUGGGCUCCUUGAUCUGAAGACAACAGGCCUGAGUAAGUCUACACUGCAACAUCCAAAAGGAGAUACUGAGGCCCAAAGACAAAGUGCUAGAAUGUUCCAAAACAGUCCAUUUCCUCUCCUCCCUAGAGGCCCCAUGGGAUGCCCCCUUGCUGUCAGGGUGUGGGAUAAGACCCAAGCCCCCGUAGCUAGGAGUCUCGUUGCUUGGUGGCAAGGUAGGAGACAGUGUCUAAGCCCACAGCACUUAGCUCGCCACAUACAAUCAGUUAGACUUCUCCAGCUGGGGGUGUCUGGCCCUCGCUGCUAGUUUUAAGGAUGCCGACGGCUGUGCUGUCUGAGGCCACCCUCCCAUGUCCAGUCCCUGUAGCUGUCUUACUAGAUGGACAGAUGCUGAUGGGGAGAGGGACAUGUUCAUGUGUUGGUAGCUGCAGCGUCUGUCCCCUUUAAUCUGUGUAUAUUGAUGCUAGGUCAGGAAGUGUAUGCAUUAUAAUAAAGUUCUGGUUCUAACUCCA